GCCUAAAUGUCUUCCUCGCAAGAACGUACGGAGUAAUUCUUUUGCUUUACUCAUUUUCUCUCUCCUCUAGGGUUUGUUCAUCGUUUCUGGAAUCUUCUCUUUUCCAAUUCCAUCGAUUCUCGUUCAGACACUCAAAGAGAGUGAGUGUGUGUGUUUGUGUUCGUGAUUAUUAUCUUUAAUCUUAGGUUUUUCAAUUUGAGUUGUGAAAUACGAUGUUUUUGGUCGAUUGGUUCUACGGAGUUCUUGCUUCACUCGGAUUAUGGCAAAAAGAAGCGAAGAUCUUGUUUUUAGGUCUUGAUAAUGCCGGAAAAACCACCUUACUUCAUAUGUUGAAAGAUGAGAGAUUGGUUCAGCAUCAGCCAACUCAGUAUCCAACAUCUGAAGAACUGAGUAUUGGUAAAAUCAAGUUCAAGGCCUUUGAUUUGGGAGGACAUCAGAUUGCUCGCCGCGUCUGGAAAGAUUACUAUGCUAAAGUGGAUGCGGUGGUCUACUUGGUAGAUGCUUUUGACAAGGAGAGGUUCGCCGAGUCCAAGAAGGAGCUGGAUGCUCUCCUUUCCGAUGAAGCCUUGGCCAAUGUUCCUUUCCUGAUUUUAGGAAACAAGAUCGACAUACCAUAUGCAGCCUCAGAAGAUGAGCUACGGUAUCACCUGGGCCUGAGCAACUUUACCACUGGUAAGGGGAAGGUUAACCUGGCAGAUUCCAAUGUCCGACCUAUGGAGGUAUUCAUGUGCAGUAUUGUCAGGAAAAUGGGUUAUGGAGAGGGCUUCAAGUGGCUCUCACAGUACAUCAACUAGUGGCGCGCUAGCCUUAUAGUGUAGGUUCUGCCCAAGUUUUUAUCGUCUUUCAAGUUCCCAGCGUUGUAUGUACUGUGUAGUUUAGGUGGAUGUUUUAAAUUCUGCUAGCUUCUACAUAAGCCAGUUUCUUGUGCAUAGCAAGUGUUGUGUUUGAGUGGGUUUGACAGCUUCGUCAUAUAUAUCAAACUGCGGUUGAAGCA